AUGAUGGUCAACUACUCCGUAAACAACAACGAGCCGAAGCAAUCCAACUUCGAAGACCGGUCCGAUUCUAAGAAGGCUGGCGGAGGUGGGGGUUGGUUCAGUGGGGCGUUUGGCGAAGGCAGCAGUAGUGCCAACGCGCUGGGCAAUGGAUACGGUGUAAGCGCCAACAGCAACAGCAACAGCAACAACUUCAAUUCGAGCCUUGGCGCGGGGAGCAACAACACACGAAACUACGCUUCGCCACGCACGACAACGGGUCUGGCCUCGCCCUACCAUGGCGCAACACGAUCCCACGAUGCAGGUGGCAUCUCGCCCAUCUCUCCACCCUACGAUUCGGGUGCCGCCCCUUUCGCCCCUCAAGCCGCGAGUGACGACCUAGAGGAUCUUAAACUUCCCUUUGGAGGGAGGAGUACGCCAAGAUCACCACCUUCGACCAGGAAUGACCACACCCGAUCGUCGAGCCAGGCAUCCUCGAUCCUCUUGCAAAACUCGACCAACGGUCCCUCGUCGAGUCGACCUUUCUCACCUUUUGGUAUGAGUCAAACUUCGCUCUCAGUCUCGGCCGGCUCAAGCUUGACGACGGCACCGGAUGUCAAAGACAAGAUCAUGAUCGACUUGCUGAGUGGUCAAGCCGUCGUCGAGACCAAGGACUUCCCCAUCCUGGGUUGGGAAGAGAUGCAGGACGUGAAGAAAGUGAGUUUCAUCGUGCGUCGUAGGAUAUUUGAGUGCACAUCGGCUAACUCAGCGUCUGUGUGCUUAGGAGCAUGCUGUUUUGGCUACCAAGAUCGCCUCUUUGUCAAGAUCGCUCGCCCUCGAGACCCGACUGCGUGAUUCGGCGGCCAAGCUCGUCCGACUAUCGAGUCCCAGUCCCAUUCCAGGAUCACCGACCUCGACCUCAGCGACAGGGUCCGACGCGUCGAAUCGAGCACGCGUGACGAAAGCACAGGCCGAGGCCCAGGUGCAACAGGCGAACGACAAGAUUGAAUCGAUCCAAACCGAGCUGUACAGGGUCGGGUGGAAGGAGGCCGAGUCGAGAACCAAACUUCUACGGCAUAUGGCGGGUGUGCUCGGACUGGCGAUGAGGAGGAAAGAAGAAGAAGAGCGCGGUUCGUCGCAGACGCCUUUGUCGCGGGGCUUGCAUGGUUCGCCGUAUCCGUUCGGGGCUUCACCGGCUACGUCCGUCGGGAGGGAUCAACAACGCUCAACCUCACCUUUUGGAGGCCCCGCGAAAUCAUCGCGCUUCGAUGGCCAUUCGUUCUUUGCCGGGAACAAGGAAGCCAUCCUUCCCGGUCCGCCGACGAGAAUUUCACCUUAUGCCUCGCCGAACUUGUCCGCAUCGAAUAACGGCCAAUUCGUCGUCGCAGUGGCGGACGCUUCCCAUGCCGCGAUCAGGGAUUUGGAGACCCAGGUCGCAGGGUUGCAGCGCGCACUCAACGAGCAGAGGGAUCGACCGGUCCAGCAGGUCGACUCGGCCCAGUUGCGACAGUUGCAAGAAGAGGUUGCGCAAGCACGAGCGGCCGAGCGAUCGGCGAGGGAUGAGCAUACCCAGACUCGGAAUGAGCUCGACAGACACCUCAUCGAGCUAAGGUCGAUCAAGGAUAGUCACGGAUCGUUGCAGCGAGAAUUGGAGCAGACGAAGCUGGGUCAAGGGCAAGGCGAGGAUGCUCAAAGGGAACUCGAGCGGUCACGACAAGAGAUCGACGAGAUGACGGACAAGAUGCAAGAGCUCGAGCAAGAGUUGAAUGAUUUGGAGGAACGAGCCGUCGCGAGCGAUCGAAGGGUCACGGACGUCGAGGGAUUGCUGGAAGACAUGAAGAUCAAGCAUGCUCACGAGCUGCAGAGGGCACAAGGCGAUCUGCAAGCCGCGAAGGACGAGGCCGAAAGAGCACGGCUCGCGGUACCGAAGGUUCCAACGCCGAACGGGGCGGAGGAGGAGGAACAACGCUUGCGCGACGAGGUCGCUUCAAUGCGGUCGGAGCGAACCAAGAUCUCGCAAACGCUCGCCGACGUCCUGCAACGCCAUCGGGCACAUGCCAACAGCUUGGGCACCGAAUUGCCCGAGGAAUUUGACGAGACCGCGGUCGACCAUCACGACGAUUGGUCUGGAUAUGUUGCAUCGUCUUUGGGUGACCACUUUGAUCACAUCACGUCGCACGCAACAGCCGUUUCAGACGAGCUGUCGCUCGCACGGUUGGCACAAGAACACUCGGCAAAUGACCUCGAGGGCGAGUUGCGCCAGGCGCAAGAGCAUCGCGAUCAUUGGCAGGACGAGGCGGAGCAACAUCGACAGGCGAGGGAACAGCUCGAAGCCGAGCAUGACGACUUGAAAGCCACGGUGCAAGGUCACGAGGAGCGCCUGGCCUCCCUCGCUUUGACGCACCACGAGUUGGAGGUCUCGGCGGAAGAGAAGGAACAUCUGCGUGCACAGCUCGAGCAAUCGCAAGGACGCAUCGCCGAGCUCGAGAAGAAGAUUGCCGAAUAUGACGCGACGCACGCCGCAUUGGAGAAGUUGUGGCAGUCUCUCCCCGCCGUCGAAACCCGGCGCCGGGCUGGCGACUCGCAUGAUUUGGCCACUCUCAAGGCUGCUUUCGAUCCUUCCCAGAGCUUGGCGGAUUCUUCGGCGCGAUUCUCGAUCGAUGCGCUCGUCGAACGUGUCCGCGCUCUGCUCGCCGACGAUGCCACCUUGGUCGAGACUUUGAUGAAGAUCGAGAGCGGCACUGCAAGUGCGCAACAGGAGGCCGAGACUCACCGCUCCAAUGCGGAGCGAUACCAGAAGUUGGCCGAGCAGCACUCGACCAACUUGACGGUCACACAGGGCAAGGUCAAGGACUUGGAGGAGCGGAUCGAGGUGUCGUCGCAGCAAGAGGUGACGAUGCUGGAGAGGUUGAACGACCUGACCGAGUCUUUGGAGUCGACGAGGGCCGAGAAGCGCAAGCUCGAGACGGCGGGUAAAGGGUUGGAAGAGCAGGUCAAAGCCGCGGAGAAAGAGCAGAAUCGAUUAGCAGCGAUCGUCGUGGGGUUAAAGGAGGAGAACCGCGCGUUGAAGGAACGACCCGAUCAUGCAGCCAAGCUGGCUUCGCUGGAGAACACGGUGCAGGACUUGAAGGACCAGUUGACCGAUCUGGAAGAGGAGCUGGAGGAUACCAAGAAGCGGGAGCAAAAGACGAGGGGCCAGUUGUUGGAAGAACUCAAUGCAGCUCAAGCGGUGAGUCGGGGCUCCCAGACUGUGCUAUCAUUGAUCACUGAUGUGGAUACUUGCCCACUUUGUAUGUGUGCAGGAGGUGUCGGCUUUGCGGACGAAAUUGCGCCAAGCGGAACGGAAAGCGAGCAAAGCAGUAUAA